AUAAAUGGACAAGUGUUUGACAAGGUGUGUCACGCAGUGUUGUCGGCUGUGAACGAAGAGAGCACCACUUGGGAACACCUGGGGUUGACCAAGAUGCAAUCGCAGCAGCAGCAGCAACACAUAGAGAAAGUGGCGCCGGCGACUGUAGGAGAGCCGCAAUGGUUGCGAAACAAGGUGUUGCCGGAAGGGAUGCGACCACGAGCCUUUGCGGGACCUGGCCCGGCGUUUGGGUCGCCAGUGUCGGCGUCGACGCCCGUGCGGCGACUCGAGAGUCCCUGCUGGCCCGAAUAUCCCGUUCUUGAGCCAGCCGUGUCUCCGUGGGCGAAAGGCUGCGAGCACAUCUGGGCCAGGCUUCAUUGCUCUGCCAAGGCUAUGAAGCAGAAGUUUGAGGAGUCGGGAGUGUUUCAGGCCCUGCAUGCUGAGCAAGGGGAUCCCAAGGCUGCGCAGUGGCUGGUCGACAGUCAACCCAUUGUCUGGGGCAUUCAAGGUCUUUCGUAUUUGUUGGUGGCUGCAUUGCAAGAAGACUCCAAGGGCCUGGUUCGGUUCCACGUGUGCAAGAUUCUGGCGGCUUGGCUGCGAUUGCGGAAGGCAGUAAUGGGAGCAACUGUGCUGGUUGGCAAAUCCAGUUGGAGUCGGGAUGCGAAAUGGCAAAGCGGCGUCCUGAAUGCCGCCACCGGAGCAGUGGCCCUCGUGGCUGACGCGUACGGAACCGACCUCAGGCACGAAAAUAAUGGUCAGCAGGCCACAGAAAAUUCGACUUAUGGAGAGAUUGGAUGCUUCCUGGAUGGCAAGAACAGAAAUGGGCCAAUGAGAGGCUUACACGUUGUCUUAUUUUUGUACUCGAUGCUGGGUCUGCCAAAUUUCCGCUUAGAUUCUCCACUGAUGCAACUAGAUUGGGAACAUCCGUCUGACAAUUGGCAGCAUGGUAUGUGCAAUUGUCGAGAAAAGAAGAAAGCCUCGCUGAGAUUUACAUUAUUGGAAGACAAAAGAAACGACGUCACUGCUGCAGAUGAGAUCCAACAUGAGAUUCUUGCUGUUUUUGCUGGUCCUUGCGGCAAUUUCUCACUUGUCAAGAAAAUAAAGGCCAACAGGGCUUUUGAAAUUCAGCUUAUGAAGGGGUCCACUGCUGUACUUGUGCACAUGAGAGCUUCUUCUGCCGGAGCGGGAACUAAUACCGCCGCAGCGGGAACUAAUACCGCCGCAGCGGGAAGUGCUGCCGCCGGAGCGGCAACUACUGCCGCCGGAGCUUCCGCCGUCGAUGGGGGUGGUGGAAGCGCAGAAGGAUCAGGAAGCGAGUCGGGUUCCGGCGAUGCCGCGGGCUCCGGCAGCAUGGGUUCCGGCGAUGCCGCGGGCUCCGGCGAUGCCGCGGGCUCCGGCAGCAUGGGUUCCGGCGAUGCCGCGGGCUCCGGCAGCAUGGGUUCCGGCGAUGGCUCGGGCAGCAUGGGUUCCGGCGAUGGCUCGGGCAGCAUGGGUUCCGGCGAUGGCUCGGGCUCCGGCAGCAUGGGUUCCGGCAGCAUGGGUUCCGGCAGCAUGGGCUCGGGCAGCAUGUCUGGCAGCGGGUCGGCAGCCGGCGGCAGCAUGGAUGAAGGCGAGGGCGCCAUGGAGGCCGGCGGCGGCAUGGAGACUGGCGGCGGCGGCGAGAGUCCGCCAGGCGCCCCACUCGACUCCGAAAAGUCGGGCAAAUUGAAGGAGAUGCUCGCCUUGCUGGCCUUUGAAAUCGCUGGCGAACUGGACAAGGCCCUGGUGGCCUUUGCCGACGGGGUCGACCUUGAACCGGACGCCGAAAUGACGGCCUCUGCGAUGAACGUGCCGCCUAAACUCGGGCCCCUGGACCCCAAUGGAUGCAUCGCCAUUGUUAUCUGCAUGAAUUACCCGGAUGCCAGUGCUGGGGAGACGACGUUUGCCAACUUUCUGGUGGUCAAUGCCAAAGCAGAGGAGGACCUUGCCAAGCCGGAGCUCCAGCUGCUGCCCUGGAAGUUUGACGCCAAUCAGCUUGAACCCUCUAGCAACAAGGGUGGCAAGUUUGUGGCUCUGAUAGUGACUCAAACAGGCGGAGAAUUCGACAUGGAUGACAUGAAAACCAAGGUGUCAGAGGACAAGCGGGUCGGCUUCACUGGCAAGGAGUUGGCAGGACUGCUGUACUUUGAACACGUGUCGCACCUGUUCCGUGCCGCCAAACCUGGCGUUGUCAUCCAUGCCAACUACUGGUCCGUUUGUCCUGACGACUCACCAGGAUGCGCGGCAGGUGGCGGCAGCAGCAGCAAGGGCAUGGGCAUGAUGAACAUGAUGCCCUCUAAGGCCAGUGGUGACUCUGGUGCCAGCGAUGGUGUAAAUGGUGGCAUGGAAACAACUGAAAUUGUCAUGGAGGAAACCAUGCUGGGCCCAGAGGAGCUGCAAGUGAGUGACAUGGCUGUGGACAUGGGAUCUGACACAGGAGCUACUCGCAUGACCAUGGGACUGGGAAUGGACAUGGAUGAUGAUGAUGAUGAUGAUGAUGAUGAUGAAGGGGAAAAGUCUGAUGAGAGGAUAGAGAUGCCACACUGUGAAAACUGCAACUGCUGCAUGAAGAGAAGGCAAAGUUGCUCUGUGAAAAUCAUAUUGGAAAAGUACACAUGCAAUUGUCGAGAAAAGAAGAAAGCCUCGCUGAGAUUUACAUUAUUGGAAGACAAAAGAAACGACGUCACUGCUGCAGAUGAGAUCCAACAUGAGAUUCUUGCUGUUUUUGCUGGUCCUUGCGGCAAUUUCUCACUUGUCAAGAAAAUAAAGGCCAACAGGGCUUUUGAAAUUCAGCUUAUGAAGGUU